CCCCCCUCUCACACAGGAGUAGAUAGAGAGCGGGGAAGAGCAGAAGGAGCUGGGUGGCAGGAGAUAGGCAAGGAGGGCUUGUUGUCGACGGAACAAAGCCAGGAAAGGAGUGCGCAUUCCCGGGGAGAAGAGCAGCUGUGAAAUGCCUCGAAGGGAACCGGCCAGCAACUCCUGCAGAGACCCGAAGAUGUUGAGCUUCAGCUGAGGAUGGCGGGAGAUUCUCAAAUCCUCAUGGACCACAACAUGGAGAUAGGAGUCACACCUGCACAGGUGAGGAAGCUCCCUAAACACAUGCGGGAGGCUCAGAUCUCGACUGAGCGAACCCACCUGAUUUCCGACCCGGCCAAGAAGCCACGUCAACGAUACGUGCAGAAGGACGGCAAGUGCAACGUUCAUCACGGAAACGUGCAAGAGACCUACCGAUACCUCAGUGACUUGUUCACGACGCUGGUGGACCUACGCUGGCGUCUUAGUCUCUUCAUCUUCACCUUGGUCUACAUAGUCAACUGGCUUUUCUUUGGCUUUCUGUGGUGGCUGAUUGCGCUCAUCCGCGGGGAUCUGGUGCACGCUGAUGAGGAGGGCUGGACCCCCUGUGUGGAGAACCUCAACAGCUUUGUCUCCGCCUUCCUCUUCUCCAUCGAAACAGAGACCACCAUAGGGUACGGUUAUCGCGUAAUCACGGAGAAGUGCCCCGAGGGGAUCAUUCUGCUUUUGGUGCAGGCCAUCUUGGGCUCCAUCGUUAACGCCAUGAUGGUGGGCUGCAUGUUUGUCAAGAUCUCACAGCCAAAGAACCGCGCCGAGACCCUCAUGUUCUCGCACAACGCUGUCAUAUCGGUGCGAGACAACAAGUUGUGCCUGAUGUUUCGGGUGGGGGACCUGAGGAACUCUCACAUCGUGGAGGCGUCGAUCCGAGCGAAGCUGAUCCGCUCGCAGCAGACCAAGGAGGGGGAGUUCAUCCCGCUCAACCAGACUGACAUCAACAUCGGCUUCGACACGGGAGACGACCGGCUUUUCCUGGUGUCGCCCCUGAUCAUCUCUCACGAGAUCAACGAGAGGAGUCCCUUCUGGGAGAUGACACUGACACAAAUGGAGAAGGAGGAGUUCGAGAUUGUUGUUAUCCUUGAGGGCAUGGUCGAAGCCACAGGGAUGACGUGCCAGGCACGGAGCUCCUACCUGGACACGGAGGUGCUCUGGGGCUACCGCUUCACGCCGGUCCUCUCCCUCGAGAAGGGCUUCUACGAGGUCGACUACAACAACUUCCACGACAUCUACGAGACCAACACGCCCAGCUGCAGCGCCAAGGAGCUCGCCGCCAAGCUCCGGGACGGCCCGCUGCUGCCCCAGCUGUCGCUCCUCAGCCCCGACCCCAAGACGCACAGUACUUUCGACCGCCUCUCCGACCGGGACCCGCUCAGCCCCGGCGAGGGCGGGGAGGAGAGAAACCCGGCGGGGGGCGAGACCAACGGCUCGGCCGGCGCCGCGGAGGACCCGCCCCUCGCCGACGGGCUGCCCGGCUGACGGGAGCGGUCGGUCGGCGCGUAAGGGGGGGAGAGAGCCUGGACGCGAAGGGGGACAGGACAGUGCAACGCUUCAUUUAGUCAACAGGCCAGCUUGUUCCAUCGCAACGCUACCCGGAGAUGCAAGACACACACACACACAGCCCCCUCCCCCCCCUCCCGAACUCAUGCAAUACUCCUCUACUAGAGUGUCGAUCUAUGGCAUAUAGGCCGGUUUUGUAGACACGCAAGUACGCACACACAGACACACGUACGGCAUCUAUAACCACACUAAAAAGGCUGGUGGUCGGAUCGUCUUUUUUUAUCAUGG